CGGAUAUAUGCAGUUACAACGCGUCGCUCAUACUGAACGAGAUCAGUAUGAAGACUCCCGUCAGUGUUCUCCGGCUUCCCCGCGGCCCGGACCCGAAUAGCCGAGGCUUCGACCCGAACUCCCCGCGCUUCAUCGCUCUCUGUCCCACAACACUCUCCUCCUCAUCUUCAUCGGGAGCUGUUGAUGAAGAGGAGCAGCGACUGCGCUCAGAUCUGCGCGAGAGAUUUCUGCGGACUCUCUUAUUGAUGACGGACAAACACGUCGAGUUUAACAUGCACGAGAAAGUGCGCGUGCGCGCGAGGUUCGGCGCCUCGGAUAUCGACGUCCUGAACUUCCAUGUGUCUGGUUUGGAAACUCCUCUCGGUGUUCAGAAAGAAGCUCUUCUGCGAUGCCAGGAUGUGAUUUCAUGCUCGUUUGAGCUGUGAGGGUUGAGCUUAGCCACCAGAGGGCGCUGGAUCACGUGUUGUGGUUGUGUGACGAUGAUGACGAAAGUUUAAUGGGUUCAAAGAACCUUCUCGUUGGUUACUUGUUUUUCAUGCUGUUGUUUGUAAUAAACGUUUACAAUGUUCAGAA